CACAUCUCAAUAAACUAGAAAAAAAGAAAAACUAAGUGAUACCUUAGCUUCUACAAGAGUGUUCCAUAACCACAUUUUAGGGUUAUUAUUGUUCUUCUUCAUCAUCAUUGUUGCAAGAUACAACAAGAGAAUAAUAGAAUAGAAUAGUAUACUUAUGAUGAGUAACAACAACAUCAUUAACAACAACAACAUUGGUGAAAGAGGAGGAGGGCAAUUUGGGGACACCACUCUCACCAAGGUGUUUGUUGGAGGUUUGGCAUGGGAGACUCCUAAGGAGGCACUUAGACAACACUUUGAGAAGUACGGCGAAAUCCUCGAAGCCGUCAUCAUCUCCGACAAGCUCACCGGCAGAUCCAAAGGCUAUGGCUUUGUGACAUUCAAGGAGGCAGAGGCUGCAAAGAAGGCAUGCGAGGAGCAAGCAAGUUUGGUUAUCAAUGGACGCAAAGCUAACUGUAAUCUUGCUUCCCUUGGAGCUCGUCGCCCUAGGUCUAAUAAUUCUUCACCACCCCCACAACCAAAAGGUGCAGAAGGAUCCAACGGUGGAGGAGGAAGGAACAACGGAUCAAGCACUCCAUCAGGUAAUCACGUGCAGUGGUAUUAUCCUGUGGGUGCACCUCCGUCGCCAUACCACCACCAUCAUCAUCAUCCGACCGUUCCUUUUUAUGGGUACCCUACUACUCCUACCUACAUUGCAACUGACAUGAUGAAUUACAAUUACAAUCAGAAAAUGGGCUACGGUGGGGCCUACAUGAGUGGUGCCCACUUGUCUCAUGUGUACCCGAGGCAUGCUAUGGUGGGUGCGAACACACUGAUGCCAAUGUACCCUCUGUAUCACUAUCACCAUCCAACGGAGACAAUGGGCGUCCCUGCUCACUACUACCAUCCAACAGUGACUACUGGACACUACGCUGCUGCACUGCCAGCUGGCAUCGUAUCCAAGCCCGCAUCCAUGACUCCUCAUACAGGUACAGUUGGAAGUGUUGAUUGCUUUAAAGCAGUUGUCUGAGAAGAUUAGCUGUCCAAAGAUUUGAAGAACAGAGACACAGCAAAGGAAGAUGCAUCAUGCAUGGUUGGUGGCCACUCCCACACAGAGCAACAUUAUUAUUAUCUGAUCUGUAUUAUUGUGGCUCAAAAACCUUUUCUUUAUUAUUAUUAUUAUUUAAUUUUUAUAUUGUUUCAUUAAAAAUAAUUGUUAAUCUUAUUAAUUAAUUAUUAGGGUGUUUGAUCAUUGAUGAGAUUCUUUCAUUCUCUUUAAUUUCUACUCUAA